AUGCAGGAGCCCGGGCGGCGGCCGUUCGCCGGCGCCGUCGACCUGCGCCGCCCGAAGGGCUACCCGGCGCCGUUGGCCGCGCAGGCGCAGGCGGAGGCGGCGACGGGGGAGGCACACGGCGACCCCUGCCCGCGGUGCGAGUCGCGGGACACCAAGUUCUGCUACUACAACAACUACAACACCUCCCAGCCGCGCCACUACUGCAAGUCCUGCCGCCGCUACUGGACCAAGGGCGGCACCCUUCGCAACGUCCCCGUCGGCGGCGGCUCGCGCAAGAGCUCCUCCUCGUCAUCGUCGUCGUCGUCCAGCCCCAAGCGCGCCAAGAACUCCAAGCGCCGCCGCGUCGCGCCGGCCGCGCCCCUGGAGCCCGAGGCUGAGCCCGGCGCCGACGCCCCAGCCGCCGUCGCCACGACGACGAAGGAGGCCGCGGCCACCGAGGACGUCACAACAGCUGGCGAUACCGCCGCAGCCCCUGCGGCCGACGGGUGUUUCGCUUUCACGGCCGGCGAGCCCGACGCGCCACCCGCGGCGGACAGGUGUUUCACUUUCACGUCCGGCGAGCCAGACGCGCCACCCGCGGCGGACGGAGACGGGUGCUUCGCUUUCACGGCCGGCGAGCCCGACGUGCCGCCCGCGGCGAAGGGAGACGGGGGCCUCGCUUUCACCGAUCACCCGUCGGUGGCGCUCGGGCUCGGCGUGGCGGACGACGCCGGCGGGAAGGAGCUGGCGGACCCGAGCCCGUUCGAGUGGCCGUCGGGCUGCGACCUGGGGUCCUACUGGGUGGCCGGCGUGUUCGCCGACACCGAUCCGGCGCUGUUCCUCAGCCCGCCGUGA